CGCCAGGGCUGCUCCUCCUGCCACAAUCCACUUCCGGUCCCUGGCAGAGUUCUCCCGACCUCUCCCUAAUAGUGCACCGUAGACGCUGGGGAAGGCGGAGCUCUACUCAUACCCGAGGUGUUAUCCUUUCCCUUGAGGAGACCAGAUGAUGACAACUGUGCUUCGAAUUACAGCCAAGUCACAGGAGUUGGUGACCUUCGAAGAUGUAGCUGUGUAUUUUACAAAGAAGGAAUGGAAGCAGCUGACUCCUGAUCAAAGGCACCUCUACAGAGAUGUGAUGCUGGAGAAUUAUGGGAAUAUGGUCUCUCUGGCAGGAGUUCUAGUCCACAAGCCUGACGUGAUCUCUCAGCUGGAACAUGGGGGAGAGCCAUGGGUCCUGAAUCUACAGAAAGCCUGUGAAAAAGAGGAGACCCCGAGAUGCCUCAGCAUAGAUUAUGAGAGUCAGAGUGAGAACAAGCAUUCAUAUGAAAAGGGUAUUUCAAAAGAAAUAAAAUCACAUGGAACAACAUUGGCAAUGCCCUUAAAUAAUGUAACUCAAGAAUCUACUUUUGGAGAAACUUACAGAUCUGAGGGAAUUUUAAAGAGAAAUCAAGGAAACUCCACAGUGGUGAUUCUGAAGAAAAACUGUUACCAAGAGAGAGGUUUCAGUAAAUUGACUAUGACCUCAAAGAAAAAUACAAUAGGAGGGACUGCCCAAGAACUAAAUAAAUGUAGGAGAAAUUUAAGUUUUAAUUCAAACUCUCUUUCUCACCUUAGACAUACUGUAAGAGAGAGGACCCAUAAAUGUGAUACAUGUGGCAAAAGUUUCCAAUAUAAUUCAGAUCUUAAUAUACAUCAAAGAAUUCAUACUGGAGAAAAACCCCACAGAUGCUAUGAAUGUGGGAAAAAUUUUAGUCGAAACUCACACCUUAGGGAACAUCAAAGAAUUCAUACUGGAGAGAAACCCUACAAAUGUAACAAGUGUUUGAAAGCUUUUAGUUGUAGCUCCCACCUUAUUCGACAUCAAUUAAUUCACAGUAGAGAAAAACCCUUUAAGUGUGAUGAAUGUGGUAAAGCCUUUAGUCUGAAUUCACGACUUAAUCUACAUCAGAGAACUCACACUGGAGAGAAGCCAUUUAAAUGUAAUGAAUGUGGGAAAGGCUUCAUUCAGAGCUCACAGCUCAUUCAACAUCAGAGGAUCCAUACUGGAGAUAAACCCUAUGGAUGUGAUGAAUGUGGAAGAGCUUUUAGUCAAAGCUCACACCUUAUUCAGCAUCAGAGAAUUCAUACAGGAGAAAAACCUUAUGCAUGUAAAGACUGUGGAAAGACCUUUAGUCAGAGCUCACAACUUAAACUGCAUCAGAGAAUUCAUACUGGAGAGAAACCUCACAAAUGUAGUGAGUGUGGGAAAUCUUUUAGUCAGACUUCAUUACUUAUUCGACAUCAGAGAAUUCACACUGGAGAAAAACCUUAUGAAUGUCAUGAAUGUGGGAAAGCUUUUCGUCAGAGUUCAACCCUUGUUCAGCAUCAGGUAAUUCAUACUGGAGUAAAACGCUACAAAUGUAAUAAAUGUGGCAAAGCUUUUGGUCGAAGUGCAUACCUUAUUGAACAUCAAAAAAUUCAUCCUGGAGAGAAAUCUCAUCAAAAUGAGAUUUUCAAAAAGGAUAUCUUAGAUAGUUCAAAUCUUAUUGGUCAAAGAAUUCAAACUGAAGAAAAAUCCCCCAAAACUAAUGAAUGUGGGAAAGCCCAUAGUGAGGGCUCAUUACUUACCCAACACCAGAAAGUUCAUACCAGAGAGAAACCUUUUAAAUGUAAUGAAUGUGGAAAAAGCUUCACUUGGUAUACAUAUUUUAUGAAACACCAAAAAAAUCACAUUGCAGAAAAAUCCCAAUAUAACAAGAAUGAGAAUGCCUCAAAUAUUUCAAGCCUUACUGAACACCAAAGAAUUAAUACUGUGGAUAAACCCCAUAGAUGUAAUGAAUGUGGGAAAAGCUUUUGUCAAAGUUCAUUUCUUAUUCGGCAUCAGAGAGUUCACACUGGAGAAAAGCCCUAUGAAUGUCAUGAAUGCGGGAAAGCUUUCACUCAGAGGUCAACUCUUGUGCAACAUCAGGUAAUUCAUACUGGAAUAAAACCCUACAAGUGUCUUGAAUGUAAGAAAGACUUCAGUAGGAGAGCAUACCUUAUUGAACAUCAAAAAUCUCAUAUUGGGGAGAAUUCACAUCAAUAUACUGAUUGUGCUAAUACCUUAAUUAGUUCAAGUCAUAGUGAACAUCAAGUAAUUCACACUGAAGGAAAACAUAAAUGCAAUGAAUGUGGUAAAUGUUUCAGUGAGAACUCAAUACUUAUUCAGCAUCAAAGUGUUCAUCCUGGAGUGAAACCUUACAAAUGUGAUGAAUGUGGAAAAGCCUUUACUUGGAGCUCACAUCUUAUUUUACACCAGAGAAUUCACACUGGAGAGAAGCCCUAUGAAUGUUAUGAAUGUGGAAAAGCCUUCAGUCAAAGUUCUUUUCUUAUUAGACACCAAAGAAUUCACACUGGAGUAAAACCAUACAAAUGUAAUGAAUGUGGGAAAGCUUUCAGUCAGAGUUCAACACUUUUUCAACAUCAGAUUAUUCAUACUGGAGUGAAACCCUACAAAUGUAAUGAAUGUGGCAAAGCUUUCAGUAGAAAUGCAUACCUUAUUGAACAUCAAAGAUCUCAUAUUGAGGAGAAAUCCCAUCAAAAUAGUAGUAGGAAUGCUUUAAACAGGUCAAGAUUUGCUGAAAAUCAUAAAAUUCAUAAUGGAGAGAAAUCUCAUGAAUGUCAUGAAUGUGGAAAAGCCUUUACUCACAGCUCAAGCCUUAUGCAACAUCAGAGAGUUCAUACUGGACAGAGACCAUAUGAAUGUAAUGAAUGUGGGAAAGCCUUUAGUCGGAGUUCAACCCUUAUUCACCAUCAGCUAAUUCAUACUGGGGAGAAAAUUUAUGGAUGUAAUGAGUGUGGUAAAGCUUUUGGUAACAGUUCAAAUUUGAGAAGACAUCAAAAAAUUCACUCUAGGAUAGAAAAAACACUUCAGCACUUUAUAGCCAAAUAGCAUCUCAGGGCAGUAGGGUAGAGACCAGUUUGAAGUAUAUAGAACCACAUACUUGUAGCAGUCUAGGUAUUUUUUUUUAAUAUACAAAGAAAUAACUGCAAACGUUUUCCAUUUAACCCAGGUUCUAAAGUUUUGCACAAAUUUCCCAGCAUCCUGUUUCUAUGCUAACCAAACUAAUCCUGUUUCCUCUGGACAAGCAGAAUUUGCUUAUUCUCACAUUCCAACUUUUUUUAUAUCUCUUCUUAGAAUAUCAGUUCAUGUGCAUCACCUUCAAAAUAUGGUUCAAAACCGAGCUCUUUAAGAAAGCUGCCUUACAUUAAAUUCAAGUCACAUUUAUUAUUUUAUACUGUACUGUCUCCUCAGUGUUUGUGUUUUCAAUUGUAGCUAUUUUUUCAUUUAUAUUGCUUUUUAAUUGUUUCAAGGCA